UCACCUAAAUCUACUUCAAAUAGAGAUUUAAAGGUGUACCAGUUUAAGGCUUUCCUUGUACUUGAAAAUGUUUUAUGGGAAGUUUCACUCGAGCUCCACCUACAAACACCCAGAAAUGGAUUUUCAAUUCAGUUCAAAUGAAAACCGACAGCUAAUGAAACCAAACAGAAAAAGGCUCACCCAGGACCAGAUCAGGCUCUUGGAGACAAGCUUCAAUUCUAACCGAAAGCUCCAAGUAGACAGCAAACUUGAGCUUGCCCGCAGACUAGGCCUACCACCAAGACAGGUAGCAAUUUGGUACCAAAAUAGACGAGCACGGGAGAAGAUCCAUACAAUAGAGGUCGACCAUAAGACCAUCCAACUAGAACUAGACAGUGUGUUGGCAGAAAAUCGAAGGCUUGAACAAGAAGUUGCCAUGCUGAAACAUGAGCUGAACAAGGUUCAACAGAUGCUAUCUGUAGCUAACCCUAUCACUCUUCUGCCUUCGUCAACAUCUCAGACCUACUCAAGCUCCCCUGCCUACAUGAUUUACAGUUGGGAAAAUUCAGAAGCUUUGCCACUAGAGGAGCUAUAUUCUUGCCUGAUUAGCUCAGAAGGCCAGCCCAAGAAACAGGGCAGAAAUGAUCUUCCAGUUCAUUCUGUAAGAUUUUGAUGUAUAAAAUUAUAUAUAAUCACAUGCAAUUGAAGUUACUUGAGGUCGUUCAUAAAUGCAGAUAGUUUCAUUCAGCA